GUAACGCACCUGUGUGUCACGUGAACCACAUGACUGUGACGUCAUCGAUGUCCAACUUUCAUUUCAAGUGUUUUAUGGGAAUAGGGUUAACUCCUGCGCACUGAAAAAUGGGAUGUUGUUUCUCCUCUCCCGAUGGAGACGAUGAGAGAGAACCUUUGAUUCAGUCCAACAAUAAAACACCAGCUGAGUCUGCAAGACCACCACGACCAGCUAACACAGAUGUAGAUCAGAGGAGUGGCAGUUUUACGGCUCGUUGUGUUGGUGUUUCUGGUCUCGAUGAGCGAUUCACUGAUGUUGCAGAAACGUUCAACAAACAGCAGGAACACUAUGAAUCAAUGAACAACAAGCUUCAGACACUUGCAAGCCACUAUCACUGUCCAAUAAACGACAGUCUGUCUGAAUGCCUGAGGAAAAUCAAGGAGAAACAUGAGCUCUGCCACAUCAGUCUGGAGGUUAAAGGAUACGACUUCAGUCUGAUGGUGAGAUCAGAGGCCGAAAUCCCCAGCGAACUGAAGCGGACGCAAGAGAACGUCAACGAGCUGAGCCGAGCUGCCAAAUCCGUCAUCUCCGUCAGCACUAAACUCCACAAAAUGAUCGACUCGCUUCUGAGAGAUGAGGACAGCAUGGUCAGUCAGAUCAAAGAUGCUGAAUCCAGACACCAGGAGCAAAGGAGGCUGGUGGACAACCUGCGGGAAAACCUCAGAGAGGCUCGGAGAGCCAAAGAACUGAGUCCGAAGUACAGGGAAGAGGCUGGAAAUCUGCUCAAUGAGGCUGCAUUGCUCUCUGGAAUCACACCGUGAACAGACUUUGCCUCUCAAUGUGAGCCAAUGGCAAAUAUGAAGGAUUUUAUUAUAAUGUUAAACCAUGAACAGAAGAAAUUGCAGUGUUGCAGCAGCAAAUAUACAGUAGAUCAACACAAUAGCAUGUACAAAUAUACUAUAACCAUUAAAAUAAUAUUACAAUUAUAUUAUAAAAAACAUAACGUGUAUGUAGAGUGCAAGGACUAUGAUCUGUUUUCAGUAUUUAAACAUGAAAGAUCUAUAGUAUUGUCUAGAUUUAAAAUAUAAAUGGUCUUAAUAAGAAAAAAAGUCAUUUUAACUCAUUUUAGUGUCUUGAUGAUAAUAAAACACCUCUGUCUGAGAACGCAUUGUUUAACAUUGGAAAGCAUAAUGAAGGGAUUUGUUAUUAUUUGUGUCCUUUGGUGAAUUUACUUGUGUGUGUUUUAAUAUUUUAGUUUAUGAAAGCACUAACAUACUUCAGAAUCAGUCCUCCUAAUGUGAAAAUGAGUGAUAUUGAUCUUAAAUCUUAAACACUUUGCCUUUGUAACAUUUUCUUCUACUGGUUUAUAUUUUGUAAAUGAAUAAUUGAAUUAUUUUAGAAUGAUUGCACCUGUCUAAAUAUUGAAAGUGUAUUAUUUUGUAGAUACUUUUUGUUUUAGCACAUUAUAAAUAAAAGUUGGUUAACAAUG